UUCUCGGAUAUCCGAAUAUGUGCUCGAACUAGCUCUCUGAGGUCGCUGAUCUUGGAUUCACCACUACUAUAUUUCCUUACUCGGAUUCUUUUCCGACAUUCUAAUUCUACGAAAUCAGCAGAAUGUCACUGAUUGAUAAAAGAAUCAUCUUUCAUCAUUUCUCUCAGUAAAAUACUUCUCUCAUUUUCCUAGCAAUUGCUAUAUUAUUGUGUUAGUUUCUUCCCUGCUAUAAGUAUAUACAUGUGUGUGUGUGUGUGUGUGUGUAAUUAGUAUGUACAUAUAUAUCCCAAUGUACAUAUAGAACAAUAGGAGAAGUUUACAUGCAACCUAAAACUAAGCAUUAAUUUGGGAACAUACGGUUUUGUACUUUCAUUUUGUCAAUCUUCUCUUCUGUACUGUAUCGUUGUUUUGAAAAUUCAUUACGAGAACUACUUCGAGUUCUAGAAAAAAAAAUUAUGGCAGCUGAAGUUCAGAAAGUAGUGGUGAUCCAGGAUGCAUCCAAAGACUUUGUUAGUUCGUGCGCAAUCCAAUGGGUCCUGCAGAGCUUAUCCCUUAAGCCUGGGGAUGAGCUUACUCUUCUUUCGGUUCUUCACCAUGUUAAUAACCCUAGUACGUUAGCUGGGAGACUCUUGGGAUACAGAACCAAGAUGAACUCAAGUUCAUUUAUCGGAACCAACCAGAAAGUCAUAGCAGAAGAGCUUGAGAGGAAAACGGAGGAGUAUCGUAGCAAAGAGGAGAUCACCAUGAUAUCUAACAUGUGUAAAAGAUUGAAUGUUGAAUUCAACAUAAAGGUGGUUGCUGGUCCCUCUUCAAAGAUGGUUGCUGUAGAGGCUGCGAUAAGAUUAGGAGCAACAUGGGUGAUUCUUGAUAGGCAGAUGAAGAAAGAGAAGCAAUUCUUCAUGGAGAAGUUGCCAUGUGGUAUAUCGAGGAUGAAACGUAAUUCUGUUGAACAAUUGAGAGGGCCAAAAGCAAUUGGGAACAUCAACAAACCAGUCGCCAAAAGACCCAGUACAAGCUCCCAUGUAAGAUAUGAUGAAAUGAUACCAGGAAGCCCAGAGGAAGGACUUUCUCCUAAAAGUAAGAAAUUUAAUCACAACUCGUACAAUCUAGGACUCGAAGUUCCAAUUUUGGAAAAGAACAAGAUGGUUGUGGAGACCGCGUGGUCUAACUAUAGGAAAUCUACAUCAACAAGUGAUCUGCAGCUAGCAAGUAGAGUGUCAACUUCAACUCUGGGGAAUACUGACCUAUUUAAUCCUGGUUUUGCCCGUAAUUAUGACGAGGAAGAAAGCUCGACAAAUGCUGAAAGAGGAAAAGCAGGAGAGCCGUCCCCAUUUCCACUUGCAGAGAUUCAAGCAAGGGAUCAAAAGGAAACACAUAAUGCUGGGAGUCCCGAUGAACAGAAACAGCUUAACUACAAGGACGAUUGGAUAGGAGAAUGUCGAAUAGAUGAAGAAUUCAAAAAUUCAGUAUGCACGGGUUGCAAGAAUAAACGGCCAACGAUUGGAUGGAAGAGAGACUUUACCUAUGCAGACCUCCUAGCUGCUACAGAUGGGUUUUCCGACAAUAAUUUCCUGUCGGAAGGUGGAUUUGGUUGCGUCUACAGAGGAGAACUUAAUGGGCUUAAGAUUGCUGUUAAGCAGCAUAAGAACGCAAGCUGCCAAGGCGAGAAAGAAUUUGAGUCUGAAGUUCAUGUACUCAGUAAGGCAAGACAUGAGAAUUUGGUAAUGCUGUUAGGAUCAUGCUCAGAGGGAAGCAAGAGGCUGCUUGUUUACGAAUAUGUUUGCAAUGGUUCGUUGGAUCAACAUCUAUCAAAACACAACAGAAGACCUCUCGGUUGGGAUAAGAAGAUAAAAAUUGCUACUGGAGCUGCAAAAGGCUUACUAUACCUACAUCAAAACAACAUCAUCCACAGAGAUGUGAGACCGAACAACAUCCUCGUGACACACGAUCAUGAAGCACUGCUAGGAGAUUUUGGUCUUGCAAGAACUCAACUUGAAGACUCAGAUCGAUCAUCAGAUACAACGAGAGUUGUCGGAACUUUGGGAUAUUUGGCACCAGAAUAUGCAGAAAAUGGGAAGGUGUCAACUAAGACAGAUGUUUAUGCUUUCGGGGUUAUUCUAUUACAGCUCAUCGCAGGACUGAGGUCUACUGACAAGAGGCUUGGAGGAAAAAGUCUUGUGGAAUGGGUAAGAACCACUUUUAAAGAAAGGAACUACCCAGAUUUAAUCGAUCCGAGUAAUGUGGAUUGCCAUGAUGUUCACCAGCUUUAUUGGAUGGUUCGGGUAGCCGAAAAAUGUCUCAGCAGGGAUCCACACAACAGAUUAACUAUGGAUGCUGUGGUGAAUGCUUUGAAUUCCUUGAAUGCUGCCAAUCCAGUUUGUUGCAUUGGAGACUUCUCACCAACACAAUCUGAGUCAGCAGGAAGCAUUCCAGGAUCUUCUGAAUCGCAUGGUACUGAUUAUAUUAGCAUAGAAAUUACUCCCACCAAAGACUACAUGCAUCCCAACUCUACUAUUCCGUCAGAAACAGAAGGGUCUAGCAUUUCUACUGUCCCUGAGAAUUCCCCCUUGGGUAGUACUUCUGCAAGUACCAAAGACAAGAGAGAAACGACGUAA